GCUGAGGAAGCACCAGCAGGAGCUGGAGGAGGAAAGGAAAAAAAUGGCAAGUGACUAUAACAGAAGAGCAUCUCAUGCACAAACUCAGUUUUCUGUGGACACACAAACCCUUGUGAAUAAAUAUGAAGAGACCCUGCAGAGCCUGGAGGGACGUUACCAGAGAGAGCUGCAGGAGCUGGCUGAGCAGCAGAGAGAGGAGAAAUCCCAGUGGGAGUUUGAGAGGGAUGAGAUUGCUCAGGAGGCUGCUGAGGCCCACGAGCAGCUGAAGGAGAGCUUGGCAGGUGAGAAGGCCGCUCGUUGUGCCCUGAGCCAGGAGAAGGAUCUCCUGGAGAAACAUUUCAAGGAGGAAGUGAACAAGCUGGUGUGUGAGAGGGAGCAGCUGGAGAAGGAGCUGAGAGAGCUGAGGAAUGCUGCCCAGGAGCAGGAGGAAAAGAUGAUGGAGAAAAUAAACCAACUCCAAAAUGACCACGAAAAGGAGCUAAAGGAGAAAGAGGAACAAAUAUCCGCAGUGGAGCAAAAUGGGAACCUGGUUAGGGAGAAGCUAGAGAGACUGGACAGUGAGUACAAGCGAGAGAAAGAAGAGCUCAAUUCCAAACUUCUUGCUCUGGAGAGUUUGAACAGAGACAUUUGUGAGAGAGCAGAGACGGAAAAGGCUGAGAUGGGCUUGGAAGUCUCAGACCUCCGAGGGAAGAUCCAGAAACUGCAGUGGGAGACGCGGAGUUUCUCUGCCCUGCAGAGCCAUUACAGGGCCCUGGAGAGUGAGUAUGCAAAAGCCAGGAGCCAGCUCGCUGCUUUUCCUGCUGCAGCUGCCCUGGGAGACGAUGGGGAUGUUCUGCAGAGCCUGCAGAAGGUGCACGAGCAGGCAGUGAAGGAGAAUGUCAGGAUGGCUGCCCAGAUCCUGCGGCUGCAGCACCGGCUGCGAGCGGCCGAGCAGGAGCUGCAUCCUCCCAGCCCCGGCUGCUCCCAGCCUGCCUCAGAGCCUGAGGAAAUGGAGCCCAGCUUGGAGGGGCUGCCCAGUGACUGCCAGGAUGUGGCCGUGGGAGCAGAUUUCAGUGUCCUUCCACCUCUGGAGGGUGAUGCUACAGACCUGGAGGAAAUGUCAGAGAUGGAUUGGGAUUUGGAGGAGGGAUGUGUGAAAGCCAGAGCUGGUGGCCACCCUGAGGCACAGGGGUGCUGGAUCCAGGGAAGUCAAGCAGCUCUGGAUGCUGAUGGCAACCAGGAUGGUGACAAGAGCCUUUCUUGGGUGCCUCUGCUGCCAAAAAACAGAGACCUGGAGAAAGUUCCCAGGACAAAAACGCUCCGCAACGAUAUCAAACCGCAGAAGGUUCAUCUGCUAAAUCACAGAAUAGCUCCCAAAAAUAAAGGGUUUGUUUCUGAUGCUUUGAAGGUGCAGGUGGAGCUGGAGAGGGCUGAAGAACUGAGUGAAGACUCUCUCCAGCUGGAUCACACUCCUGGGGCAGCAAACAGUGACCUGAGGAGCGUAAUAGCUCAGCUUUGGAAAAAGAUGGAAGAGCUGGAAGACAGAUCCAUGGCACAGGCUGAACUUCUGUCCCUGCAAGAAGAAAUUCAGGUAGAAAAUGAGGAUCUGAAGGCUGAAGUGAUGCAGUUAAUUGAAAGAAAUGGAGUGCUGGAAGAGAACCUGCGCAGGCUGAGGCGGCUUUGUUGUGAGCAAAAAGAGAGUGAGACGGAAAGCGUCCAGUUUGAAGAUGAAAAUGCCAAAUUCGUCGUGCAAGGUAGAGAAUUGGAAGGUAUUAGAGAAUUGGAAGGUAUUAGAGAAUUGGAGGAUAGUAAAGAAUUGGAGGAUGCCCAAGAACAAGAUGCUCAAGGAAACUCAGAUGUGCCCAGUGACACAAGUGGGGAGCUGGAAGAGCAUCCCACCACAUCCACGGGCCAGCAGGACAAGAGCCCCCACGGUGACAGCGCCGUGACAGAAGUGGGAAAAGCAGGAAUGGGGGAUCCCACCCCCCAGGUGAAGGAGCAAGCUGUGGGUGCCCCAGAGCAGAGGAGGGCAGUGACCCAGGGCCUGCAGAGCACGUGCACUGAGCUGCAGCAGAAGGUUGACCUGCUGAGGUGUGAGGCCGAGAAGCUGCGCGAGGAAAACGCCGUCCUGAAAAACGAGGUGACCCUGCUAAACGAGGAGGGGAGCGCUUCCAGCCUGAAACUGAGGGAGCUGAGUGGAUCCAGGGAAGAAAUGAGGCAGAAGAUAGAGGCUGUGAGAAAGGAGAAAGUGGCUGUGCAGAAGAUGGUGGACAACCUGAAAAAGCAGGUGGCAGAUCUGAAGACCAGGAACCAACAGCUGGACUCUGAAAACACAGAACUCAGCCAGAGGAACUCCAAGAACCAGGCAGAUGUGCAGGAUCUCAACCAACAGCUGGCAAGGGUGCUCAAGCAGAAGGAGAGGGAGGAGGGGAAGUGCACCCUGGAAGAAUGGGAAAAGGAGAGGCUGCUGCUGAAAGAGGAGCUGGAAAACUCCAAAAUCGAGUCAUCAAAUAUGGUGUCAUCCCUGGAGAUGGAUUUGUCCAAAAUGAAGGUCCAAGCUCAUCUACUGGAGCAGGAGAACCACAUCCUCAAGCAGGAGCUGGAGAAGACAAAGCAGCUGCCCAGGUGCCCUGACCUUGCUGAGCUUCAGAAUGAAGUUGCAAGUUUGAUCGCUAAAAAUGAAAAGCUGCAGAAAGAGAAGGAAGCCCUGAGUGAGGAACUGAACAGAUGCAUUGAGAAGGUGGCUCAGGUCAGCUGCCUGGAGAGUGCAGUUGGCAGCUUGGAGCAGGAGCAGAAAUCCUGGGAGCAGCAGAGCCAGGCACUGAAAGCACAGCUCAGCCUCUCCCAGGACAAGGUUCAGAGCCUGAGUGAAGCUCUGCAGAGCAGCAGCCUCCAAAUGUCCCGGCUGAAAUCCGACCUGCAGCUGACACAGCAGGAGAAGGAAAGUCUGGAGCAAGAAGUGAUGGCACUGCACAAACAGCUGCAGGGCACCACUGAAAAG